CAACAACCAUCAGCGAAGUGAAGCCAGUAAUCUGAUAUCAUUUGAUCUUGAACUAAAUCUACAUUUCAACAAUCGUCAAGCGAUGGCAACAUUCCAUGAAGUCUAUUUCGGAGGGGCAGUUCUGCUGUCCAGCCUCAUCACCAUGUCCUGCUUCAAACCUCCCAACGAGGUUCCACGCGAAGGCUGGAAGCAAGACAGUCUCGGAACCUACGCCAGUCCAACUGCAGCACGAAUCCGACGAAUUCUUGCUGUCAGCGUUGGUGUUUUCCACGCCAUCAUCGCCAUGGGCUACGGUGAUUCCAGCUCCGUGUGUCCUCAUGCUGAGAACUUGAACUCGGAGCUGUUCAGCUGGAAUGCAUACACGCUCGCUUGUCUCUCAAUGAUCAUUCUCGUUGGCGGGCCACUUCGAUUAACGGCUUUUGCUCAACUCGGAAAGAACUUCACCUUUCAGCUUGGACCACCUGAUACUUUGAUGACGGAUGGCAUUUAUCGGUAUAUCCAGCAUCCUGGAUACACGGGACAAAUUAUCGUCUUGAUCGUCAAUCUCGCCCUGUUCUUGCGAUGGGACGGCGCAUUCGGUUGCUGGCUUCCUCAAAGCUUGCGAGCGACGGUAAGCGGUUGGGGCUUGAUCUGUUGUUUGGUUCUUGUGUUUGGAAUCUUGCGAAGGCUUAUGAUGAGGGUGAAGGAUGAGGAGAAAAUGUUGAAGAAGACAUUUGGAGAGAAAUGGGUUGCAUGGAGUCGGGUUACCGCGCGCUUUAUUCCAGGCGUCUUCUAAGUGAUUUGGUUUACCAGGUGCCAGUCUGAGCAAGGAUCGGAGCGUGAUGUUGCAGUUUGGAAGGAGGGUGUUAUACAUGUCGGUCUGCUGUACGCGUUUUUGGCAGCUUAUUUCGCAUGGCUGUCAAUGGGAAGAACUCCAUAUCUACGUCUGAAAGAAUGCGACCCGAUAACGAGAAACUCAAAAGGAACAUUGGUACUAGAAUAGAUAUAUACUGUAAAACUAGACCACAGUCAUUCAAUUUGAAGCUUAAUUUG